UUCGAAGCGUUACUGUCAAAACUUAAGCCUUACGAAGUCACGCUGCAAACUCCGCGUUCGAUAAUAAUUCGAGGAAAAAUGAAUGCUAAAAUCGUUGCGUUGCUCUUAUUAACAGUUUGUUACGCAGUCAUGAUGCAUCAAGUAUCAGCAGCUAUCGGACCACAGUGUCUUUUGCCACUGGAACGUGGUCCAUGUAGAGCGUUUAUACCAAAGUACGGGUACAAUCCGGAAACGAAUAAAUGCGAGCUAUUUGAAUACGGAGGUUGUCAAGGAAACGAGAACAAUUUCCAGACCCUUGACAGUUGCAAGCAAGUUUGUUUUUGAUCAUUGAGAAACGUAUGAACAUAACGACUGUUUUUUAUGGAAAAUUGUAAUACAUGAUAAAUGUACAUAAAUUAUGUACAAAAGUUUGUAGAUGAUUUAAAUUAAGAUUGUACAUACGAAAUGGAAUAAAUUUAAAUGUCCAAUUUGUGUAAAUAA